CUAGCUGCGGGGUGAUACGGGGCUUUAGCCUGGGAAGGGGGCAAGGGAAGCAAGUUAGACGUCGGCCUGGCGGCGGCGGCGGCACCACAACCAUCCAAUGUAGAGAGGCCAGGUGGGCAGGUCGACUUUCACUCUCAGAGGAUUGUCCAAACAAACAAACCAGGAAUUCUUCUCCUCCCCACGCCCUGCCCUGCAACACACGACAAACAUUCCCAGCAAGUUUGAAGAAGCAGACUAGAAAAUUCUGAGGGAUUCUGUGUCUUUGAAAUAUGUCAGUAGAAAAAUUAAAGUGCCAGAGUGAAAGCCAGAAUGGCAUCCAGAGAGAGACUCUUUGAACUUUGGAUGCUUUAUUGUGCGAAGAAAGAUCCAGAUUACCUGAAGCUGUGGUUGGACAAUUUUGUUUCUAGCUAUGAACAAUUCUUAGAUGUUGACUUUGAAAAGCUGCCUACCAGGGUAGAUGAUGUGCCUCCAGGAAUAUCUCUGCUUCCUGAUAAUAUUCUGCAGGUUCUGAGGACCCAGCUUCUACAGUGUGUUCAGAAAAUGGCAGAUGGGUUAGAGGAAGAACAACAAGCCUUGUCAGUUUUGCUUGUCAAGUUCUUCAUUAUUCUUUGCAGAAAUCUAUCUAAUGUAGAAGAAAUUGGGACUUGCUCGUAUAUCAAUCAUGUUAUCACUAUGACAACACUCUAUAUUCAACAAUUAAAAAGCAAAAAAAAAGAGAAGGAAUUGGCAGAUCAGACAUCUAUCGAAGAAUUUGUGAUCCAUGCGUUGGCAUUUUGUGAAAGUUUAUAUGACCCAUAUCGGAAUUGGAGGCAUAGAAUUUCAGGACGAAUCCUUAGUACUGUGGAAAAGAGCAGACAGAAAUAUAAACCAGCUUCUCUCACAGUGGAGUUUGUCCCUUUCUUUUAUCAAUGUUUUCAAGAAAGUGAGCAUCUCAAGGAGAGUCUUAAGUGUUGCUUAUUGCAUCUCUUUGGAGCCAUUGUAGCUGGUGGGCAGAGGAAUGCUUUGCAAGCAAUUUCUCCAGCCACCAUGGAGGUUCUCAUGAGAGUUUUGGCCGACUGCGAUUCUUGGGAGGAUGGAAAUCCUGAAGAAGUGGGUAGGAAGGUAGAACUUACUCUGAAGUGCCUUACAGAGGUGGUACAUAUCCUUCUCACUAGCAGCUCUGAUCAGCGUCAAGUGGAAACCAGCACUAUUUUGGAGAACUAUUUUAAAUUGCUAAAUUCAGAUCAUUCAGCUUUACCUAAUCAAAGGAGGUCCAGGCUGUGGGAAAGCCGGUUCAUAGCUCUACAGAUCAAAAUGCUGAAUACCAUUACAGCCAUGUUAGACUGCAGAGAUAGGCCUGUUCUUCAGGCUAUUUUUCUUAACAGUAAUUGCUUUGAACAUCUCAUACGACUGCUACAGAACUGCAAGCUAUUUUUAAAUGCUAACAGUAAGGUGGCAGACAAGAACGAGAAAGACCUUGCCAACAAAUUACUGACAGAAAUGAAUGAGGACCAGGUGUUUCAGGCACAGUUGGAUUGUUUGGCUGUAUCAACCAUUCAGGCUUUGACCGCAGUAAUGAACAAAUCUCCAGCUGCUAAGGAAGUAUUUAAAGAAAGAAUUGGUUAUACACAUAUGUUUGAAGUAUUAAAAUCACUGGGUCAGCCACCACUGGAACUACUUAAAGAACUUAUGAAUAUGGCUGUAGAGGGUGAUCACACUUCAGUUGGAAUUUUGGGCAUUAGUAAUGUCCAGCCUCUCUUGCUUCUUAUCCAGUGGCUUCCAGAGCUAGAAUCCCAUGACCUGCAAAUCUUCAUCUCUGAUUGGCUGAAAAGAAUUUGUUGUAUUAAUAGGCAGAGUCGAACUACUUGUGUCAAUGCAAACAUGGGAAUUAGAAUCAUUGAAACCCUUAAUUCCCAUUCUUCCCUCCAUCGAACUUGUGCUGAGAACUUGAUUGCACUCCAUGGUUCAUUGGGGAGUCAGUCAGUGAGCUCAGAAGAAAUCCGUCAACUACUAAGAUUGUUGAGAGUGGAUGAAUCUGAGUACAUUCACCCCUAUACCACUCUUGUAACUCGAGCAAUCCUGACAAUGGCCCGAAAACAAAGUCUAGAGAGCGCACUGCAGUAUUUUAAUUUGUCACAUAGUAUGGCAGGAAUUUCUGUGCCUUCCAUACAGAAAUGGCCAGGGUCUGCCUUUUCUUUCAAUGCUUGGUUUUGCUUAGAUCAGGAUCAGUUGACUCUUGGCAAUGCUAACAAAGGAGGAAAAAGAAAACAAUUGUACAGCUUUUUUACAGGAAGUGGCAUGGGUUUUGAAGCUUUUAUUACCCAUUCAGGUAUGUUGGUUGUGGCAGUGUGCACGAAAAGAGAAUAUGCAACAGUUAUGCUUCCUGACCACAGUUUCUGUGAUUCCCUCUGGCACAACAUAACCAUUGUUCACAUGCCUGGAAAAAGGCCCUUUGGUCAGAGCCUUGUAUAUAUCUAUGACAAUGGACAGCAGAAGGUCUCUGCCCCUCUGAGAUUUCCUGCCACGAAUGAACCUUUUAUUUCUUGCUGCAUUGGUUCAGCUGGGCAAAGAACCACCACUCCUCCACCAUCCCAAAUCCCAGAUCCACCUUUUUCUUCUCCCAUUACCCCUCAUCGAACAUCAUUUGGUGGAAUUUUGUCAUCAGCUUCCUGGGGAGGAACAAUGGAAAAAUCAAAGUUGAUUACCAAAUUGAUAUCAGCUGGAACACAAGACAGUGAAUGGGGGUGUCCCACAUCUCUGGAGGGUCAGCUGGGGUCUGUUAUCAUCUUCUAUGAAGCACUGCAGCCUCUUCAGGUGAAGGCAUUAUAUUUAGCAGGUCCAAACUGUUUAAGCCCUUGGAAAUUUCAAGAGUCUGACAUGGCUGACCUGCCUGGUAACAUCCUUCUUCACUACACUGCAAAGGCCUGCAAAAAUUCAAUCUGUCUUGAUUUAUCUACUAAUUGUUUGCAUGGAAGGUUAACAGGAAACAAGGUAGUAAACUGGGACAUUAAGGACAGCAUAAACUGCAUAGGUGGAGUAAAUGUACUCUUUCCUCUCAUGGAACAAAUCAGCCACUUUGGUGAAGGACAGAUUCCUGAGGGAUUGAAUGAAAGCACCGUUCCUGAAUUGAUAACACCUGUAGAAGGAGAUUGGGUGGUAUUGAACUCCACAAAGGCAUCAGAGUCAAGACUAGAGAGAAAUUUAAUUGCAACAUUUAUCUUGAUUGUGAAACACUUUAUUCAAAGACAUCCUAUUAACCAGGACAAUCUUAUUCACUCCCAUGGAGUUGCCAUUCUUGGUGCCUUACUUCAGAAGGUGCCAAGCACCUUGAUGGAUGUUAAUGUAUUGAUGGCAAUUCAAUUACUCAUUGAGCAGGUAUCAUUAGAGAAAAAUAUGCAGCUCCUGCAACAAAUGUAUCAGUAUUUACUCUUUGACUUCCGUAUUUGGAACCGUGGAGAUUUUCCCUUUCGAAUUGGUCACAUACAGUAUCUUUCCACCAUCAUCAAGGACAGCAGGAGAGUUUUCCGAAAGAAGUAUGGUGUACAGUUUCUCCUAGAUACACUUAGGAUUUAUUAUGGGAGUGAUUGUAAAUAUAGUGAGCUGUCUCUAGAUGAUAUUCGAACAAUAAGGACCUCUUUGUAUGGACUAAUUAAAUAUUUUCUGUGCAAAGGCGGAACUCAUGAAGAGAUACAAAGUAUUAUGGGUUAUAUAUCUGCUAUCAAUGAAGAAGAACAGCUUUUUGGAAUUUUGGACAUAGUCUUCGGUCUCCUACGUACCAGCCCAACUAGAGGUCAACUUUUCUUACUGCUGUUUGAACCAGGAAAUGCUGACAUACUUUAUGCCUUGCUCUUAAAUCAGAAAUACUCUGACAGACUAAGAGAAAUCAUUUUUAAGGUUAUGGAACAGAUGUUGAAAUGCACGAACGUUUAUGAACGAAGUAAACAACGUAUUCGACUUAGAGAAGUUGGCUACUCAGGAUUAGGGCUCCUUCUUAAUGAAGCACCUGUUAAUACUUCUCUCAUUAAAAGUCUCACCAAUCAAAUUAUAAAUACAGAUCCUGCUGUUAAUUUCAAAGAUCUGUUAUCUGUGGUAUAUAUAUCUCACAGAGCACAUAUAAAUGUCAGGGUGGUCAUCUGCAGAGAGAUUUUACAGAUUUUACAGUCCCAGCCAGAUGCAGCACAUCAAAUAGCUCAACAAGUGGGUUGGCAAGACACUUUAGUUAGGCUUUUUUUAAAAGCAAAUUUUGAAAAUGGAAAUACUCUUCAUAAGCACAGUAGGGCUGUUGUAAUGAAAGACAAUGAUAAAAAUAUAUCAGCUGAAGAUAUGAAGAGGAACUCUGAUGAAAAGACAGAUGAGGAAAAAAUCAGCUCUUUUGCCUCAGCUCAUGUGUCUUCAGAUCAGUGGAGUUUGGAGGAUAGACACUCCCCAGACUCGAACACACCAUUAUUUCAAGAAGAUAGCUUGAUGGGAGAAUUAUCUUUCAAAUCAGAGAAUCGAGGAGAAUUCUGGCAUAAUAACCCUUCACAUCUGAGUUUAGAUCUCAGUGGAAUUGAUUCAUGUGAACUGAGUGAUAGUGGAAGUCAAAUGCCAGACAGCUUGCCUAGCACGCCAUCCCCGAUAGAGUCCACUAAGUCAUUUUCUGUGCAAUCUGACAAAGAAAGCAGCAUCACAAAUGAUGUGGGCUUUAGUGAUGACUUCUCUUUACUUGAAAACCAAGAGAGAUGUGAGGAAGAGCUUAUUCAAUUACUGACAAAUAUUUUGAACUGUGUAAUGUGUAAGGGACUAGAAAAGUCUGAUGACGAUACUUGGAUUGAACGGGGACAAGUGUUUUCGGCACUAACUAAACCAGGAAUAUCCAGUGAGCUACUUCGACCAUCAGAUGAAAUAAAACUAAUUUUGCUACAGAAGAUGUUAGAAUGGGCAGUCACAGAAAACAGAGAAGCAAAAUUUAAUCCAGUAACUGCUGAAAAUGCUUUCCGACUCAUGCUGAUCAUACAGGACUUUCUGCAGUCAGAGGGACUAGUUAAUUCGAACAUGUGGACUGAGAAGCUUUUAGAGGAUAUGAUGCUGCUCUUCGACAGUCUGUCAGUCUGGUAUUCUGAAAGUCCAGUAUGGGUGAAACUAUCUCAGAUUCAAAUCCAGAUGCUUCUAGGCUUCAUUGGAAGGGGUAAUUUGCAGGUUUGUGCAGUGGCAUCAGCUAAGCUCAACACCCUUCUUCAGACCAAGGUGAUUGAAAAUCAGGAUGAAGCAUGUUACAUUUUAGGGAAGCUGGAACAUGUUCUAAGUGAAUCAAUCAAGGAACAGACUGAAAUAUACUCAUUUCUGAUUCCGCUUGUCCGUACCCUGGUUUCCAAAAUUUAUGAGCUUCUCUUCAUGAACUUGCAUCUGCCUUCUUUACCUUUUACCAAUGGAAGCUCUUCAUUUUUCGAAGAUUUUCAAGAAUAUUGCAGUUCAAAUGAAUGGCAAGUUUACAUUGAAAAAUAUAUUGUACCUUAUAUGAAGCAGUAUGAAACCCGUGCAUUUUAUGAUGGUCAUGAGAGCAUGGCACUCUAUUGGAAGGAUUGUUAUGAAGCCUUAAUGGUGAAUAUGCAUAAACGAGACCGGGAAGGGGGAGAGAGCAAGCUCAAGUUUCAGGAGUUUUUUGUGGAGCCAUUUAAUCGAAAAGCACGCCAAGAGAACUUGAGGUAUAAUAAUAUGCUUAAACAACUUAGCAGUCCACAGUUAGCCACUCUGAGACGCUGGAAGGCAAUAAAGCUCUAUCUUACAUGUGAAAGGGGACCUUGGGCUGAAAGGAAGCAAAAUCCACUUCACUGGAAACUAGCUAACGUAGAAAAUUAUUCCCGCAUGAGACUUAAAUUGGUGCCAAAUUAUAACUUCAAAACCCAUGAUGAAGCUAGUGCUUUGAGAGAUAAUCUAGGUAUCCAGCACUUGCAGCCUUCCAGUGAUCCACUGCUUUUGGAAGUAGUGAAACAAGUAAAAGUUAGUGAUAUGGAGGAGGAUAAAUUAGAUCUUCCUGAAGAGGAAAUAACAGCCAGAGUAAAUAUUGAUGAGAAAGAACAGGAUCAAAAAGAAAAAUUGGUGUUGUCGGAAGACUGUGAACUCAUUACAAUAAUUGCCAUAAUUCCUGGCAGAUUAGAAAUCACUACUCAACACAUUUACUUCUAUGAUGGCAGCAUUGAAAAAGAGGACGGAGUAGGCUUUGAUUUCAAGUGGCCUCACUCUCAAGUUCGAGAGAUUCACCUACGACGGUACAACUUAAGGAGGUCAGCCCUUGAGAUUUUUCAUGUUGACCAAUCCAACUACUUUCUCAAUUUCAAAAAAGAGGUUAGAAACAAAGUAUAUAGCAGACUGUUGUCACUUCAUUCUCCAAAUAGUUAUGGAACCAGAUCACCACAGGAGUUAUUCAAAGCAUCAGGAUUGACACAGAAAUGGGUAAACAGAGAGAUAUCAAAUUUUGACUACCUCAUUCAAUUAAAUACAAUGGCAGGACGAACCUAUAAUGACCUUGCGCAGUAUCCUGUGUUCCCCUGGAUUUUACAAGAUUAUACUUCAGACGAGUUGGAUCUUAAUAACCCAUCUGUAUUUCGAGAUCUUUCCAAACCAAUUGGGGUAGUUAAUGAUAAAAAUGCCAAAGCCAUGCGAGAAAAAUAUGAAAAUUUUGAGGAUCCUAUGGGAACUAUUGAUAAAUUUCAUUAUGGUACUCACUAUUCAAAUUCUGCUGGGGUUAUGCACUAUCUUAUUCGUACAGAACCAUUCACCACCCUCCACAUCCAGCUUCAGAGUGGAAGGUUUGACUGUGCAGAUCGACAAUUCCAUUCCAUCCCUGCUACCUGGCAGGCUCUCAUGGACAAUCCAUAUGAUGUGAAGGAACUUAUUCCUGAAUUCUUCUAUUUCCCAGAAUUUUUGGAAAAUCAAAAUCAAUUUAACUUCGGUCGUCUACAAGUUUCCAGAGAAGUAGUAAAUGAUGUCCUUCUCCCCAAAUGGGCUAAGUCAGCUGAAGAUUUCAUCUAUAAACAUAGGAAAGCUCUGGAGUCUGAAUAUGUUUCUGCUCAUCUUCAUGAAUGGAUAGAUCUGAUUUUUGGCUAUAAACAGAGGGGGCCAGCUGCAGUGGAGGCACUCAAUGUUUUCUAUUACUGUAGUUAUGAAGGAGCUGUGGAUCUGGAUGCCUUAACAGAUGAGAAGGAAAGAAAAGCCUUAGAAGGGAUGAUUAACAAUUUUGGGCAAACACCUUGUCAACUGUUAAAGGAACCACACCCUUCUAGAUUAUCAGCAGAGGAAGCAGUGCAGAAGCAAACCAAAACAGACACUUCAACCUUUAACUUAUUUCAACACCUCCCUGAACUCAAGUCAUUUUUUAUAGAGGGAAUUAGUGAUGGUAUUCCACUCAUAAAGGCCAUUGUCCCCAAAAAUCAGUCUCGUUCUUUUAUUUCACAAGGCAGUCCUGAGUUACUGAUAACAGUAAGCAUGAACUAUGUUAUUGGAACCCAUGGAUGGCUGCCUUAUGACAGAAACAUUUCUAAUUACUUUACAUUCAUCAGGGAUCAAACUGUGACAAAUCCAAAAACUCAGCGUAGUAUGAAUGGACCUUUUGCUCCAGGGCUGGAGAUCACUUCUAAGCUAUUUAUAGUAUCACAUGAUGCGAAGUUGCUUUUUAGUGCUGGACACUGGGAUAAUAGCAUUCAAGUGAUGUCACUUACAAAAGGCAAAAUUGUUUCACACAAUAUCAGACAUAUGGAUAUUGUGACUUGUUUAGCUACAGAUUACUGUGGAAUACAUUUGAUUUCUGGUUCCAGAGAUACUACAUGUAUGGUAUGGCAGAUAACCCAACAGGGAGGUGUUCCUGUGGGCCUAGCAUCUAAACCGUUUCAGAUUCUGUACGGACACACUGAUGAGGUAUUGAGUGUUGGCAUCAGCACUGAGCUAGACAUGGCAGUGUCAGGAUCAAGGGAUGGCACUGUGAUUAUACAUACCAUUCAGAAAGGUCAGUAUAUGCGGACUUUACGACCACCUUUUGAGAGUUCUCUGCUCUUGACCAUUCCCAAUUUGGCUAUAUCUUGGGAAGGACAUAUUGUCAUCUACUCCAGCAUUGAAGAAAGUACCACCCUCAAGGAUAAGAAUGCAUUGCAUUUGUUUUCUGUAAAUGGCAAGUAUCUACGGUCUCAAGUCCUGAAGGAACAAGUAUCAGAUAUAUGUGUAAUUGGAGAGCACAUUGUCAUGGGCAGCUUACAAGGAUUCCUGUCCAUAAGAGAUCUCCACAGUUUGAAUCUCAGCAUCAACCCAUUAGCCAUGCGAUCACCUAUCCACUGUGUUUAUGUAACCAAAGAAUAUAGCCAUAUUCUUGUAGGAUUAGAAGAUGGCAAAUUGAUUGUCGUGGGUGUUGGCAAGCCAGCUGAGAUGCGCUCAGGUCAGCUUUCUCGAAAAUUGUGGGGAUCUAGCAAGCGGCUCAGCCAGAUUUCAGCUGGAGAGACUGAGUAUAAUCCUCAAGAUUCCAAGUGAUUGUUAUUUCUUCCUUCUGUCAUGGAUAACUGAAAUUUGAUUUAUUGCUUUGUCACUUUAAUCUGUGACAGAUUAAAUGUGACAUUAAAUCACUUUAAUGUCACAUCUCUCAACUAUCUUAAAUGUUUCAGGGCUGUUAUCCCUGAAAAUCAUUUAGGGAUUACCAAAAUUUGGUAUCGUAUGUGUAUAAAAUCAUAGGUUAUAUUAUUAUUAUCCACUAAAAAAAUUUCUGGUUAACAUCACUGAAUCU